ACGAAGAAGAAGAGACCGCUAGCUUAGUAGUAGCUUGCGGUGAAAGAAAACACAGAAAACAGCAAACAGAGGUCGGCUAUAGGUGCUCAUUAUAAACGGAAUACCCCGUUAAGCUGUUCAUGCCCCUGUUGUGUCUCAAUCUUCCUGAAACAGAUCAGCAACAAUGGUCAAAAUCUUCGUGGGAAAUCUGCCCCGGGAGGCGGACGAGGAGGAGAUCAAGGCCCUGUUCACCGAGCACGGCACGGUCACGGAGUGCGACAUCAUCAAGAACUACGCCUUCGUCCACAUGGACGACCGCAAGGCCGCCACCAAGGCCAUCAAGAGCCUGCACCUGCACAAGCUCCACGGCACGCCGAUCAACGUGGAGGCGAGCCGGGGCAAGAACCAGGGCUCGGUGAAGCUGCACGUGGCCAACGUGGAGAAGGGCGCCGACGACGAGCUCCGCGCCCUGUUCGAGGAGUACGGCACCGUCUCCGAGUGCGCCGUGGUCAAGAACUUCGCCUUCGUGCACAUGUCCAACUCCGACGAGGCCAUGGACGCCAUCAAGGGACUGGACAACUCGCAGUUUCAGGGCAAACGCAUCCACGUCCAGAUUUCCAAGAGCCGACCCAGACACGAAGAGCGGGACGACUACCCUCCUCCUCCUCCGGACCGGGGCGGCUACUGGCCCCCGCACUAUCCCGGAGAGGGGCCUGAGCCUCCCCCACCCAGCUACAUGCGGGGCCGCAUGGGCCACAUGCCCCCGGGUUACCCCGCCCCCCCACUGCCGCCCCCUCCCCCUAGACGAGCCGUUUAUCCGUACGAGGGCGAGCGGGACAGGUACGGCGUGGUAGAUUACUAUGAGAAGUACAGGGCCCGGCCGUACGGCAUCGCCUCCUACGACGAGCAGCGUGCCGGCGCCCCGCCCCCGCCGCCGCCCCCGCCUCCUCCCCCCGCCUCCGUCGUCCGAGACCGCCUUAUGAACCCGUCGCUUGACCCGUACGACCGUCGGCCCAUCCCCCCGCCCCCGUCCUCAUACUACGCCCGAGAGCGCAGCCCCCUCCGGAGGGCGCCGAGCGCGCCGAUGCCCCCCGCCGGUAACGGCUACUCCUACGAGCGCUCCCGCCUCUCGCCGGUCCCCCGGGUCCCUGCAUACGGAGUCCCACGUGCACGGGACCCCUACGCCGAGCGCCUGCCUCCGCCGCCGCCCACACGCUACGCUUAUUAAGCGAGGCCUCGGCAUUGUGAAGGAUUGUCGAACGCCUGCGUCGCCGCUCGCCGCCGCCCCCCCCCCCACGUGAAACUAUCCUCUUCCUGUCUGCGGCUGAGCGCGUUACGUUCCCCUGCGGCGCUCACAGGAGGAAACCGAAUUCCCCGAUCGACGUCCUCGUCUGUUUUUCCUUUAUAAAAUCUGGGGGAUAGUUAUUUUUUUUUUAAACACUCGCAGACUUUUUUUCUCCUGACUGUUUUAGUGUGUAAUUGUGCUGUAGUAUUUUUUUAUUGCUUGACGUAUGAAUUAGGCGUAUAUUUUUUUUUUAAUUUGUACUUUCUUUCGUUUGGAUGUUGUGUGUGACCUUAGGGAGCUGAAACCACUUCAGCAGCGGUUUCUAGGCGAUCUACUUGUGACUGUAGAUUUAGCUGAACUGAAUUUUGUUCUUAGUAUUGAACCUAAUCUGCACGUUGGUUCCAUCAUGUGAAACUUUUCAAUCGUAAAAACAAAAAACAAACACCUAAUCUCUCUAUGUGGCGUUGGUGUGAAUACGUAAGCGUGAGCGUUGGAUAACGCUAAAAGAGUUUUUAGCCGGAAACAAAGCGUUUAUAUAUGACCAUUGUCAAACUUUCAUUUUUAAUAAAACCGAUUUGUGCAGCAGUGAUGUUCACAGACAUGAUCGUGACCGUUUAAGACUGAUUCAAAUACUGUUCUAGGAUCUCGAAAAAAAAAGAAAAUCUCAUCAUCCGUAUAGGCAGCUUAUUAAAAUCGUCUCGUUGAUUAAAAAAAAAAAAAAAAAAAAAAA